AAUAAAUAAUAAUGACUGAAUCAAACUUACAAAACCAUUUUUCCUUGAUAAUACAUGAAGGGGGGGGGGUGAUAAAGUAAUUCAAAAAUAGAUACACCGAAAACUUAAAAACAGAUGUCAAAAAUAAUAUGAUGAUAGUUAAUGAGGGUCUAUGACAAUAUAAAAAAAAUGUUUCAGAAAUUAUAUGCAUGAAGAGGUUGAAAGGGUUAUACGUCGACAUAAAUUUAAGUCCAUGCCUUCUUACCUUUGCUUAAUCGAGGGGAGGAAGACCAGCUUCAACAAUUUCUAGUUCGAGCCACAUUCUGCUUACUUUCUUUUCCGAGCCAACUCGAAAUACUUUAAGAAUCGGGCUCGGACAAGAAAAUGAGGAGAGUGUGGCUCGGACGAGAAAUAUUUGUGGCUGGUCUUCUUCCCCUCCCUAAUCAAAGGUGAUUGAGUUAUCCUUUUUAUUUCUAUCUGAAAAUUGAUUGAUGUCAAUAACAAUGAUUAUGGUGCAGGUCAACUUAGAGUUAAUUUCAUGUAAGAUGAAGAUUUGACAUGUUUUUAAUUCUCAAUUUAAUUCUCUGAAGAGCUAUUGAGAAGAAUAAAAAAGCAAAAAAAAAUAUUUGUUUUAUAACAAUGGGGCAAAAUGGAAAACAAACUCAAGAAGCUAGGAGGUCACAAUGUCGUAUACGUUUUUAAAAAAUUUACCUAGCUAGUACAAGAAAAUGAAAUGCGAAUACGUAUAAAUAAUACAGCAAAAUGGAAGUACGAUUUUCAGUAUACAAAUGCUGGUGAAAUUUCGGAAAUGUCAGUUUUUAUCAAGAUUUCCAGUUCACAAUAAUACAGCACUAAAACUAGGAAAGUUAAUUACGCUUCGAUCUAACACAAAUAUAAAUAAAUUUCCUUUAUUUAGAAAUAAUUGUGAGAAAACUGUAAUGAUAUCAUUUUUUUGUCAACAAUUAAGAAUUUGGUUUUACAGUAAUUGAAAAAAAAACUACAGGGGCGUAAGAAAUAAUAUGAAAAAAUUAAAAUAAUAUUGUAUAAUUAUGUAGAAAAUGUAUAUUUCUGUACUGAACAGAAACCUCUGCAAAGUAAAUAAUAAUGUACCGGACCGAUGCCUUGCCAACCUAGCCAACCAGAAAGAUGUUUGUGUUGUACCGGCUCGACCAAUCUCCCGGUGGAUUUCUAUCUGAAAAUCUCGCGGAUUUUCUGAACCAUUAAACCAACCUCACACACACAGUAGAUUACAGAAGAUUCGUAGAUUGAGAACCAGAUGUAGAACUUGUGAAAAAAUGGUUGAAAAAUACCACAAUCAUGCAUACAUAUGGACGAACAUAUUAAGAAAUUUAGUUACCGCGCGCUGAGACGGCUAUAAUAAAAAAAAUUAGCAACAAACUGAUGUGAAAAUCAACAAGUUCUUAGUGAAUUUGAAAAGUGACAUUAAAAUAAGUCUCCUCCAUCUUUUUACAAUUUAAAAGAAAGAAAGAGUAAACAAAUUUAAGCAUGAAGAUUUUUAAGAGAAUAAGCUUACUGCUAGUUGUUGUACAAAUGACGAAUGGUUCGUUAGAUGAUAAGAAGUUGGAUGACCGGGGGAUCAUAUUGGAUGACCGGGGUGGUAUGUUUGAUGACCGUCAACAUGACCGGAGGAUGAGAAGGUCGGAAAAAGGACCUCCUGUAGCCAGCGUGUCUGUUCUAAGAAUUGUAGCAAUUUCAGGAGAAGAGGUUCGGGUGUCAUGUCCAAUAGACGGCACACCUACACCAAUUAUCGAGUGGAGAAAGAAUGGUGAUGUAAUAGAUCAUACCUGGACCCGAAUGAAAACACUAAAACGUGUUUUAAAAAUCCGCCAUAUUGAAUCAGCUGACACUGGAGUGUACACUUGCCGAGGUGUUAAUGGAUUUGGUUCAGUCACAGUUCGAGCAGAAAUAAUUGUCAAAGAUCAUGACGAAGAAAAGAUACCAAAACAGGAGUACACAAUUGCAAAACCGGUUUUUACAGAGAACACCCAGAAGUUAUUAAGUUUCUACAAGAAGGUCCCUGGGUCCCAAUUCUCCCUGGACUGUGAAUCCCUGGGGGUCCCGCCACCAAACAUAUCUUGGUUCCAUAAUAAGGUUCUAUUAUCAUCUAACUCUCUUCUGAAGAUACAAUCAGUGCAAGAAUCAGAUUCUGGUUUGUAUACUUGUAUAGCAACCAAUACUGCUGGCCAGGCAAGUCGUCAAUUCUCCCUCACAGUGGAAACUCCAAAGGUUGAACUCCCACUAAUUGAGAGGUUUCCUAACACCUCUGUUUCGCUGGGUAAAUCAGCAACUCUAGUUUGUGAGGUCAGAUCAAACCUGACACCUGAAAUACAAUGGCUGCGGAGAACAACUGAUUCCCAGUUUAGUAUCAGCAUUGGUGACAUGCUCCUCGUGCAUGCCGGGGAGGGUCAAAUAGAAAGGCAGGGACAGAACAUGUACACAAGCACACUGGCUAUACCAGCUGUUGUGGAAGGGAACUCUGGGUUAUAUGUCUGUCUUGCAACAAAUUCAGCUGGAGGGUUUAAUUUUAAAACAGCAGAACUCUCUAUAACAAAUCCACUGGAUAACAAAACACCUCCGCUGGUCCUCUAUCUUGUCAUAGGACUGGCCGCUCUUGUUCUCAUUCUUCUCUUUAUAAUCUUUCUUUGUUUGUUGAGAGGAAGACAUAAAAGCUUUAGAGACUAUCGAUCUCACUCCACAUUAAUCUAUCAAACCAACCCUAGUGUUUACAAGCAAAAAUGCAGCAGUCAGUACAACACAGCACCUAGUGGACACAGUGGACACAAAGCCCACGUGGUAGAAGUUACCAAACCAAAUAUUUACGAUGUUCCAUAUUCACACACUACAAAAUACUCUCCAGUGAGUUUAAGUGAGGGAGGUGGUAGUAGAACCAACUCUCUGCAAAUGUCCUACAAUGCUUCUAGUUCAUCUAGAACACCCAGCAGGCUUAUAGCAAUUAACAAUAAAGAUAAACAGUACACUAAACGUUAUCCUGAUUUGUAAAUCUUUAAUAUAAGGUUUGACUGGUCAACAUUACAAUAAUGAAAGGCAGCUAUCAAAAACUAAUAGAAAAUUUCAUUGCCAAACAAAAUAAAAAUUGUAGAUCGUUAAGGAACAAAAUAAAACAAAAUAAUUAAAGAGAA